ACUUCAGACUGACCGGAGACCAGCCGAGUCUGACGAAGAGUCCUCCACAUCCUCCCUACCGGCAACGUGGCAACGCUCAGCACCUCAAGGAUGUGUGUUGUUGUUUUUUGUUGUUGUUCCCCAUGUAAGCCAUCAUCCGAGGGGACGGAUUGGCACGUCGAGAUGACGCACAGAGAGAGGACUGUCAAUUAUUAAUUUUUAAUUUUUUCAUGGUUAUACGGAAGAAACUUUUUUUCUUCUUCUGCCCGGCGGGACUGAAGCUGUCAAACUCCUCAGGGCGUGCUCCACUGUUUACUUUCAGAUCACUGGGAGGAGAGCGCACACUGCAAACACAACGGGGACGAAGCACUUUGCACAGAUUUACUCUUAAUUGGAGGCUGUAGAUUUUUUCAACAGUUAACCUUUGGUCGUUUUUUUUUUAAUUUCGUUUUUGUUAAUUUAUCCUCUCUUUUUUUUUUUAAAGCACCGGUGUCUGUGCGGUGACAACGCCUGCUUAUGGUUCACAGUGAACUGUGAACUUUAUCCUCGUGUUAUCACGCUGACUUGUUAUCAGUGAGCUCCCAGUGAAAUGAUGUGGCAGCUGCAACUGUACUUUGUCUUCCCGUAGGCUAUUUGCACACUCCUCAGCUGAUCUUGUGUGGACGGGCCCCAUCAUGGAUCACAGAGGUCGCCCCUGGCCCGACUCCGGCCGUCACUCCCGCAGGACCAAAGACAGAGACGACAAGAGCAGGCACUCCCACCAGGACAGGGACCAGAGCUAUCCCGCGCCGGACCCCAGGGAGAGGGAGAGACACUGGGUUCAUCCUGAUGCCGGCUACAGGGCUCACUACCCCUCACCUGCUGCCAGACAGGAGCAGUAUCCUUACAACUCCCACCAGUAUCCCUACAGCUAUGAGCGAGCAGAACCCCAAAGACCCCUGUCCAGGCACGGGUACGACUAUCCACCCCAGGGCCACUACUACAGGGACAACUAUGGCUAUUAUGACCACGACUACUAUAGAGGACAGCAUGGUCGACAAGAUGGCGGCCAAUGGGGUCCUCAAGACUCAUGGAGAACAGACCGUAUCCAAGAAAGUAAAUACAUACAGGAGCAUUCAGGGAGCUCCGAGGAGUACAGGUAUGACCAGGGUGGAGACACCUCCCAGCAUCACCUCAAUGUCCGUGGGGAAAAUCCUUCAACAGAGAACGAGGAGGUGUCCUCUUAUUACCUUGGGACGCUAGAAAGUUCCAAAACCUCAGGGUUAUCGUCCAGUAGCUAUGAACUGAGUCAGUACAUGAACGGAGGAGAACACGGCCACUCUGCCCCACAGCCUGCUCACACCUCUGACGCAGAGCACGGGCCCGUGCAUCAGGCGUCGGCUCCUCUGAAGUACUCAAUCCCUCACGCCAUAGUCAGCUUCGGACCUGCAGGCCAGCUGAUUCGGGUCACUGCAGGCUUCUCCGCACAGAAGAACGUCAGUCAGCUGGAGGUCCACAGCCUGGAAGUCAUUCUGAGUGAGACACAGGAACAGCAGGAGAUGAGAAAUUUCCCUGGUCCCCUAACUAGGGAAGAUUUGCACAAAGUAGAUGCUAUAGAGUUUGCCCAGCAGGAGGCAGGCGCCUCCAUGAAGGACGACAGGCUGCAGGAUAAGAGCUCUGCUGCCCUCCUGUGGAAUCUGCUGAUACUGCUCUGCAGACAGAAUGGACAAAUAGUCGGCUCAGACAUCGCAGAAAUGCUGAUGCAGGGCUCACGCUCGGAUGGAAGCCGGGAGUCGGAGGCUACCACGCUCAUUGACUUCAGCGAGGGCGCGACCGCAGAAGAGCCUCCCCAGAAAGGAGAUGACCUGCUCACGGGGAACUGGAGCAGCUUCAGCUCCGAGACCACUGGGAAGGCCCUGCAGAGCUACACCCGGCUGCUGCUGGCUGGAAGAAAGAAGGAGGCUUUGGAGUCUGCCAUGAGCAACGGCCUGUGGGGGCAUGCACUCUUUCUCGCCAGCAAAAUGGACAACAGGUCCUACACGACGGUGCUGAACAGGUUUACAGGCCAGCUGACGGCCAGUGAUCCCCUCCAGACUCUCUUCCAGCUGCUGUCUGGAAGAAUCCCUGCCGUGGCCACGUGCUGUGGAAAUGAACAACUGGCCGACUGGAGGCCCCAUCUGGCCGUCAUGCUCUCCAACGAGACGGGAGACCCUGCCGUCCAGCAGAAGGCCAUCGUCACCAUGGGGGACACACUCGCCUCCAGAGGCCUCCUGCACGCCGCCCACGUGUGCUACCUGACGGCCGGCGUUCCCUUCGGGGUGUUCACACAGAAGGCGGAGAGACUGGUGCUCCUGAGCAGCAGCCACAGGCAACCCUUUGAAUACUUUGCCACGAACUCUGCCAUCCACUGCACUGAAUUGUAUGAGUAUUGCCAGACACUCAGGGGCAAAUGCUUUUCAAUACCAUCCUUUCAGGUGUAUAAAUUCCUGUAUGCCAGUCGACUGCUGGAUUGUGGCCUUGCGUCUCAGGCCUUCCAUUACUGUGAGGUGGUAGGAAAAGCAGUCCUCGGACAGCGGGAGCCUGUCCUUGUGCUGACCGGAGAGGUUGUUAAGCUGGCGGACAGACUGAGACACUCUGAGGGGCAGUUCAGUGACGCUGGUGUCGGUGGAGACGGGCAGCAACCUGACUGGCUGAAACAGCUGCGCGCAAGGCACCAAAGUUUCCAGACUGGGAGUUACGGCUCUGCUGAAACAUACCACCCAGAACCUGAGGUAUGUGCUUUGGCCCAUGAGGAUAGCAAAGUUAACUCAGCACCAGGAUUGGCUGACCUAAGCCGUGACAUCCACAGUCCUGAGCCUGAGCUCCUUUAUUACAGAGUCAGUGAGGAUCAGGACGUUCUCCUGAAUCAAACCCAAGGAAACCCCGAGGAGAGGACGGCGUUGUCAUCGGACAUCGCGGGAGCACAGGCCUGGCCAUGCGCCAGUCCUCCGAUUCCAGUAACCGUAGUUUAUGCUCCGCUGGUGCCCACAGUGGCCACGAGCCAAGGCCUCAGUUAUCAUAACAGAGAUAGUGCUGAAGUCAGAACUGCCUCGACACAUUGUCCACUGAGUGUUCCGCCAUCGGCAGCAGAGGGGGCUGGGUCGUAUUCUGGAACAGGCGAGAUGGGGGGUCGGAUGCUGGAGGUUGACAUCCGUCACCAGGGACAAAACCAGCAGGGCACCCCACAAGGUUUCGAGUGUUCUGGGCAGACGGACGAGCCCCCGAAAGAGAGCACUAAGACAGGGUGGUUCAGAGGCUGGUUCAAUUCCAAACCCAAAGACGAUGAAAGGGAGAGUUCAGAGCACAGAAGCACGGCCCAGACGGAGCUGCCACCCAGUACUGGCUUCUGUCCUCCUCCCCCACCCGCCAUCAUCUCCCCUGACACCUUCCCACCGCAGCCAUCCUCUGCUGGGAUCAAUCCCUUUUCAAGGAAAGCAGGCCAGCGGCUGGGAUAGGAACCUUGUGGAGACCACUGUCCUGCAUCUCAGGUCGCGUCCAGGAGAUGCCGGAGUCACACUAGCCCCCGGGUCUAGUGUGACUCUGGGAGAUGUCCAGAGGUGUUAACGGGCGGAGCUUGGCAGCAGCCGUCCCUGGGUCAGCUGGCUCAGCAUCUAUCGUGCUAGUCAGCAACAGCGGCGAUUUCUUCACAGCGGCGCUCAGCUCACCUUCCACCGGCUCAGCUUACCAGCCGUUCGCGUACGGCCCACGGAGAAAAGUCACCCAGACGGUGACGGAGUCUGAGGAUAUUCAUUUUACCUUUUGGUUUUUGUAAAAUUACAUAUCUUUGUAUUCAAACCUUUUUGAUAACUUAAUUUGUCUGUAGUCAAUAAAACUGCUGCUCAAAAUGUGAGUACCUUUAAAAGUGCCAAAGAAAAUGAAAACAGUCGUCUCUUAAUGUUGGGACACUCGUUCUGGCUUCGCGUUCACAAAUAGAAUAAUAGAUUUUUAUUUUUUUUAAAUCCCUUCAUUUUCAGCUUCUAUCUCGAGAGACAGUUUCACAUUCGGUUUGCUCUUGCAAAACAAUAAAAAAGAUUAACAAUCAAAUUGUAUAUAAAAUCUGUUAAACUAAUCAAAUGGACAAAAGCAUAAAAGUAAUCAUAAAUUAAUAUACUCACUAUUCAUUUCCCCUCUUAAUUAGAUAACUGACAUUGAAUUGUAUUUCGCUGAGAAGCUAUUCCGUUUUAUUACUUCUUUUUCUUUAUUUCUUUAAUUGGUUUUUAUCAUUAAGCCCCAGUGAGUGAUUUUUUUGUACUUUUCUUGCGGCAUCUGGUGGCAAAGUUGCAAACCCCAACCAACUCAGCACCCAACAGGGGACAUUUCAUGGUGGUCCACCUCCUGUAUCUAUAUGUGUUCUCAUUCAAAGUUGACGAAAAAACAUUGGUUCCUAGUUGCAGGUGAUUAUACAUAUAUGAACACAUAGUUAUGGACAAUAUAUUCAAUUUCUGUGAAUAAGUUCUUCUAAAUAUUACACAGUGUAGCUUUAAAAGCACUGUCUCUGAUGUAUUGAUAUUUAUUGUGGGGUGUUAAUAACUGAUUAUUAUGCGGCUGUUCCCUUGUACCGUCUCCUUGUGCUGCAUUGUACCUGUAUACUGUUGAUACCAUGCUUCUUUUGUAUAUUUUCAACCAAAUUUAUUCAUGAACAAAGUUUCACAGCAGGAGGUCGGCAGUUUGAAUUGUCAGUUUCUUUUUAACAGCCUGCUUCAUUCUGUUAGGAAGCCACAAUCUCUGUGAACCAGGUUUCUAGUGUGUGAAGCUCUAGUGUGCUGCAGUUCUAUAGUUUAUGUUCCGUUCGGUACAUAUUUUUUUCUCGUAACGGCCACAAGAUGUCGCUGUGCACUAGUUAUUCUUCAUGGGCAUUUACCACUGAACUGUGGAAAAUCACCAGCUCCCUAACAAAAAACAGUCCCCAAAAAGAUUGAUGGCAUUGUUUUUCAGCGUGUUGCUCAACAUAAUGUUCCCAAUUUAACUUUUUUGAAAAGAAAUGAAAAUGUGACACCCCUUUGUUUUUCUCUUUUCGGUAAAAUAGU